AGCAUGGCGCUUGUGUUCGUGGUUAUUCGCGUCUUGUUGGGGCUGUUCUUCAUGCUGACGGGAGCCAUCAAGCUGACGGAUCGGAUCUCCCCGGAGUUGCAUGCGGAGGCGGUUGAUGAGUUUGUGAAAUUCGCUCGAGUGUUUCCUUUAAUCGAUGAGGGGAUCGAGGUCGAUCCCAUGAAUUACCUAAAGGCAGUGGGCUGGAUCGAAUUGAUUGGAGGUUUUCUCCUGGCGUUUGGGUUGAAGUUCAUGCAGGAAGUCAGUGAUAUUGCCCUUUCAAUCGUUAUGAUGGGUGAGCUGUAUUCCUUCUUAGUCUUAAAGGAAGAAUUCCAGGCUUGUCUUCCAGCUGCCUGCUGCCUGUUUUUACUGCUGACACUCCUCUAUAUCUGGGAAAGAGACAAAGACAAACAGAAGAAACAGUAACCAACACUCAACUAGUUCUAAACAUGAAGGACCAGCUUGGACCAUGCUUAGUCUCUUAGUCAUGCCGACUGUCAAAGUAAAAGGAGAAUAUGUACCAAAUACCUACUGAAGGGGAUUAAUACAGUGAGUUCAGAAUGUCAGCUGGGAAUAAGUUGGUAGAAAUGAAGAAAUAAAUGGGAUGGGAGUCUGGAAGAGAGAGGGACGUUCAGGUUCUGAAUGUCUUUGCUAAUAGUUUGACUGAUAGAAUUGAAAUUACCAAUCGUAGACACCGUUGGUCUAUGAUUUAUCCAGCUUUCAGUAGGUAUACAAUUGUUGUUGAGUGAAACAUUUCUAAAUAAUUUUCAGUGAACUAUUUAAUGUGGAAAUAACUUGGUAAGAAUUUGUAAACUGAGGACAGCCGAAAGCAUUUACAGGUAUUAUCAUGUUCUGGGGUAUGAUCUAUUUUUGCUUUGUGUACUUUUGUUAUUUUAUUGAUGUCAGCUAUGGCUCAAUUGGUAAAAGUUGUGCCACUGACUGAGAUGUUUGUCCUUUUAUUGCCCCAUACUAAAGAACUGAGCAUGAGUUCUUUCAAUGUGGCGCUGAGGGUGCCCAUGCUGUCUGAAACAUUGUCUUACACAUAAAAUGCCAGAUUCCAUUUGUUGUCACAAGUAGAGGUAGUAGAUCCAAGGGGACUGUUUGAAGAACAGGUCAAGGAGUUCUGUCUGCUGUCCUGGCUGAUAUUAAUCACUCUAGCAAUAUUAGUACAACAAGUUAUCUCGUUAUUAACAAUGCAGUUUGCAGGAGCUUUCUGUAGGUCAAUUGGCCUCCCCGUUUUGGUAGUGAAUACCCUUUGCAAAAUAUCACAUUGGGCGUAAAAUACUUCUGGAAGUUCUGAGGUAGAGAAAAAGGUGCUAAAUGAAAACAAGUUUUACUGUGUUGAAAUAUAUUUUCAUUUAUCAAACAGCUUAAUAUUGGGCAGUCUGAGAGUGGAAAAAGUAGGUCACAUUAUUGAAGUGUUAGUGUAAGUAAACUAUCAUUCACUGGGAUUUCUUCACUAUCUGACAUGUCAAACCUAUGUUGAGAAAUCCUUGGGACGUGUCAAGAGGGAUUGAAUGUGUAACUCACUGCAAACACGCCACUUUAUACAGGGCGAGAUUGUAUUUGAUGUUAAUUUUAAUAUAGUUGGAGAAGUAACAGUGAUGGUUCAUAUGUUAAAACCAUAGCUUUUUUUCAAGUUCGCUAUUGUGACUUAAUUAUCUUAUGGAUUUUCCUGUCACUUUCAGCCAUGUUUCCAACACUGGUUCUUUUCCCAUUAAGACCUUAUAAAGUACAAAUACUCUUAGAAAAGCAGCCCCUCCAUUUUACUUACUUUAAUGUGCUUUACUAUGCUACAGAUUGACUUAAGUUUAAUCAUCUUUGUUUUAUUCCAUUCUUCUGUAAAAACCUCUUA